UGUGUUAUUAACUGUAGUCAUAACCAUAGACCAAUUGAAACUAAUGAGCUACUCAUUUGCAUAAAUACUUACAGGAAUAGAGCUGGUGCCAGAACACUAAAGUUUGUACCGUCCUGUAGCUGGGUUGGUACAAGUUACACGUUUGCUCUUUUGGAAAAGCUUUAUUGAAUUUCUGUACAAGUGUGAAGGGCCAUCCAGGGACGUUAUCAUUGCUGUUGGAAUCCACUGUUUAUCUGCCCAGCUGUGUGCAUACGCUGUCUACUCUUAUUUUUCUAUUGAUUUUAAAAAUUGUCUGUGUUGAUCCAGUGAUCCAGUCAUUGUCUUGCAUACCAUAACACAGCUGUAAUGCACAAACGCUGCUUCUUUAUGUUGUCAGCCUGAGUGCCGCAGAGCGGUUCUCCUCAAAAAGAUAUGGAUAAGAAAACGGAUGAAGAGCAGCCUCUGACUGCGUGUAACCAGUACCCUAAAGAAGCAGUGAGGAAACGUCAGAAUUCAGGUCGAGGUUCCAGGGGCAGUGAUUCUUCCAGGACCUCCAGGAAAAGCUUCAGACUGGACUACAGAUUAGAAGAAGAUGUAACUAAAUCAAAAAGGGGCAAAGAUGGGAAAUUUGUCAACCCGUGGCCAACAUGGAAAUCACCAACCUUGCCAAAUAUUUUGAAAUGGUCCCUCAUGGAAAAAAAUAACAGCAAUGUGCCAUGCUCAAAGCAGGAACUCGAUAAAGAGCUUCCAGUGUUAAAACCUUACUUUGUUCAAAAGCCAGAACUUGCUGGGAAGACAGGAACUGGUAUGCGAGUCACAUGGCUGGGACAUGCCUCGGUUAUGGUGGAAAUGGAUGAACUUAUAUUUCUUACUGACCCAAUCUUCAGCCAGCGAGCUUCCCCUACUCAGCUGAUGGGUCCCAAGCGCUUUCGAGGACCCCCAUGCACAGUAGAGCAGCUCCCCAAAAUAGAUGCGGUCAUGAUCAGCCACACCCAUUAUGAUCAUUUGGACUACAACACUGUAACGAGUUUAAACGAACGCUUUGGGAGCGAGCUGCGCUGGUUUGUGCCGCUGGGGCUCUUGGACUGGAUGCAGCGAUGUGGUUGUGAGAAUGUGAUUGAACUGGAUUGGUGGGAAGAAAACUGCGUCCCUGGUCAUGAUGCGGUAACUUUUGUCUUCACCCCUUCUCAACAUUGGUGCAAAAGGACCGCGACAGAUGACAACAAGGUUCUUUGGGGCAGCUGGUCUGUCUUGGGACCUUGGAAUAGGUUUUUCUUUUCAGGAGAUACUGGAUAUUGUGUUGCUUUUGAACAGAUAGGUAAAAGGUUUGGACCUUUUGAUCUUGCAGCCAUCCCCAUUGGAGCUUAUGAACCAAGGUGGUUUAUGAAAUACCAGCAUGUGGAUCCUGAAGAAGCAGUAAGAAUCCAUAUUGAUGUUCAAGCAAAGAAGUCUGUAGCAAUUCAUUGGGGAACAUUUGCUUUAGCAAAUGAGUAUUACUUGGAUCCUCCAGUUAAACUGAACGAAGCUCUUGAAAGAUACGGCUUGAAAAAAGAAGACUUCUUUGUCUUAAACCAUGGAGAAUCACGGGAGUUGAGCACAAAUGAUGGGUUUGAAUAAUGAAACAGUAGCAGUUCCUUGGAAGCCCUGUUUGAUUUGAAGUAGUAAUUAAUGCUACAAAUAUUAAUAUGAUGUACUUACAAAGUAGAUAUUUUGGAGUGAAUUGGAUUUGCAGACGCCAGGUUUGCCAGUUUCAGAACUAAAACUUGCAUACCAACUUCAUCAUAAAUUUUGCUAGUUAUAUUGUUUAUAAAUUUUAAGAGGUGAUCUAAAAACUGGGUAAGGUAUUGUCUGGGAAUAACUUGCAGUUUCAACUCUUAUGUACAGAACUGAUAAUUCACUGUUUUUUACAAAAAAUCUCUUCAUUUUACCUGCAGCAGCAAUAAUAACCUCAGCGCAGGACAUAUUGUUAGAAUUAAUGGCUGACUUGAAUUGGUUGUUGUUAGAGUGUCAUCUCCUACUUGUUAGUCAUUAAUCUUCAGGUUAUGCCCUGUGCCUUGAUAGCUUCACUGUAUGUUUUGUGGGGUGGAGUCUUCCAGUACAGCUGUGUUGUUAAAACACAAGCACAGUAAAAUAAUUAUUUUACUGAGUGCUUUUACAUUUUCAUAUAUUGAUGAACCACAAAAGCUGAAUUUUACAAUGAUCUAAAGAAACGUGCCUUUUAAAGAGAGAGAUAGUUUAAUAUUGCAUCACUGAUGUGUAAAACUUACUGCUGGCCAGAGUAUCUGCACACUUUCAUUGUUCUGUCAGUGUUUUUAAGUUAGGCCUGAAUGUGUCUAAAAUAACUUUCUUAUCAAAUGCAGUACAUGAAAUGGAAGAAUCUCUUAACGGCGCUUGUCUUUGCAUUGACUCAGCCUAUUACUAAGUACUUUUAUUUUUUUAAGUGAAAAGUCUUAAGCAAGGGCUGUGAUAUUUUUCUUAUAGCUUCCCUAUAAUUUUAAAGUUGAAUGAGAGAUUACAACAUUGUUUAGUAUUGUAAUACUUGGCUAAAUGUAUCUGUAUCAAAUUGCCAUGCUAAUUUAUAGAAUUAAAGCCUAUUGUUGCCAAUAAAAA